AUGAGGGUCAUACGAGCGUAUGAUGGUCGCUCCAUCGUCGUCAACCAGCCUUUAUCCCAGUUUGCCUCGCUCGAUGAUCUCCUCGACACUUUCUCCUUAGCCACGGAGAUCCCUUCCGAUGCCAUCAUUUGCAUGACCUCCGAUGGCAGUCAGCUCAAGCAAGAACUGCUCAAUCGCAUCAUUCACCAAUCACACAAUUUCCCAUUUGCAUCUUCCUCCACAGCGGUCGCAAAGCCACAUCCGUCAAGCUCAACACAUCAGGACACACACCGAGAUGGCAGUCCAAGCGAGUCGCAAUCGCAAGAGUUUUUCGUCUACAAUCGUGACUUUCUCUACACAGAUCCAACAGAGUUAGCUGCCGAGCUGGCUGAGCAUGCGACUUUCGAACCCGUGCCGUCGCUGCCAGAUGUUGAGCUGUCGUUUCCACCAACGCCCAAGUCUCUCGAAGCCCUCGUCAGCUGGUCCGCAGAGAUCGCCAGUCUUGUCACAAAUCACCAACUUACCUGCCAUGCCUUGCUCGAGAGGAUCACGCUCAUAGCUCGCAGUCUUCAAGUCGCUCUCUCCAAUCUUCGGGAUCAUGCCGACAAUAUCGAAAAGGGAGCCAAAGCGCUGAUCGAUGACGUCGCUCAGAAGGAGCUGACGAGGAUGCAGAGUCUGUUGCAAGGCUACGAGCGUGAUCUGCGCAUCCUCGGAAUGGUUUCCAUUCAUCCUCGUCUCCAGUCGGUCAACGCUGCUGCAGCAUCUUCGUCUUCCAGCUCAGCGCAGAACGGCUCGAACAACGGUCAGGCAGCGAAGUCAAAGCACAGAACUCUCGGCGACUAUAUCAGCAAGUCCAAGAUGAGCGCUGUGGCUGAUGCUUGUCAUCGCGUCUACACAGAGCUGCGGGAGCGUAUCGAAGGCAUCGAAUCGGAACUUUCACUCGUUCGUAACGAUACUCAAGGUCUUUCAGAUGAGGUGCAGUCCACGACACCUGAGGUGGCAGAUGAAACGUAUCAGCGUGUCCUGGAGGCAGAAGCAAGGACUCGUCAGCUGCAUGCAUUCAUCCAGUCGACAUGCUCACCUGAUGCACAAGGGUGGCCAGUUGCAGACAAGAUCGAUCGCGAGACCUUUGAUGAGAUCGUCAACAGCUCCAACGAGCUCCUCCUGCUGGACGAAGUGGUACGAGAGGGUGUCCAGCGCUUGACGCAGGAUCGAAAUGACAUUCUCGAACGCAGCUUGCAUCUGCUCAUCGACAUCUCUGGGAUUCAAUCCGAAUUCACAGAGACUGGAUCUCUGCUGGCUGCUGUCGACGCGGAUCUUCACUCGAAUAAGCUCGAUGGUUUCAAGCAUCUGCAUCGCCUUAAGAACAUGCUCUGGGCCUAUGGUGCCACUGUGGUUGAAGUGGUCCGAAGACGUGAGUUUGCGAAGCACUUCCUUGGCAAAUCUCAGUCGCUGGCUGAGAUUAUGGCGAAAGUUUCGGCUUCGGAGUGGAAGCGCAGACAGUUUUACCGCAGCGACAUCUCCUCAUUGUUGCCAUGGGAAGUCAAAGGCAUGGAAGACAAGCCACCGAGCCUGGAGAUCACCACACCGCGUGUCAGCAGCGAAGGAAUGGCUGAUCUCAGUCUUCCAGAUCUCGAAGCGUUUUACGAGCUGCUGGACCACGUCGACCUGCGACUGCGCGAGGAAGAGGCGGAGGGUGCAGAUGGCGUUACGAGCCCAAUACCUGAGGUCAAGGCUGCUCUACAAGCUCUAGCUGCAGCUCUGCAAGACCUAGACGACGAGUUCGUCAACCUCGUCAACCAGCAACUACUAAAUCAAAACAACGAAGUGGAAGGCUCAGACGAGGAUGAAGAUGAAAGUGGAUCUGAUACUUCCAUCCGAGCAAGGAAACGAAUGCGACGCCGUCAGCGCCUCACUGUUUCGCUCGCGGCGGCUAACAGCGAGGAGAUGGCCCAACUUCGAAACGAACUUGCUGCUGCUAAAGCUGCAAAGGAGGAAGCAGAGAGGACUCUGAAGGCUGAUAACGAAACCCGCAUAUUGGGUCUCAAGGCCGAGAUCGAGACAUUGAAACGACAGAUCGAGACAGGCAAGUCGGACGUGUACAAACUGGAAGCAGAGAAGCGCGAAGCACAGAGCCGAAUCGAGACGCUCGAUGCUGAUCUCGAGCUAGAGCGCGAGCGCCGACUCAACAUGGUUGAUGAGGUGAGUCAACUGCGCCGUGACUUGGAGCAGAGUCAUCGUACUGAGGCGGAAGCCAGGCAAGAAGCUAUGGAGGAUGCCGAUCGAGUGGCUGAGCUCGAAGCACAGGCACAUGAGCUUCAUCUUGAAUUGGAGGAAGCCAAGAGUGCACGCAUUGACGCCAGCAAUCGCAUCGAGGCCUUGCUCAGCGAAGGAUCAAGCGUCGAAGGCGAGCUGCGUACCGCUCAAGCCCGAAUCGAUGAGCUCACCGAGCAGCUGUCGAAUGCGCAUGCGGAAGCUGCAAAAGCACGAGAAGCAGCGGCAGAGGUGGAAGCCGUCAAAGAGCGACAGAUCCGGUCCUAUCGCGCUGAGGCAGAUGGCGACCGUGCCAUUCUAGAAGAGAAGGUGCGGGCGCUCAAGGCUGAUCUGGAUGCCAAAGAGCAGCUCCUGGAGAAGCAGACCGCCAUUGCCAACCGGGCGGAGCAGAGUCGCAUUCCUGACCGUGAAGCUAUCGAGCUUCUGCGUGGACAACUGCAUGCUGCCGAUGUGGCCCAUGAAGAGAUCGUCAAAGAGAUGGACCGCGCCAAGGAGCUCGCUGACGAGGCCGAGGCGGCUCGCAGAGAAGCAGAGGCGAGUCGUCAGCAGUUGCUUGAACGCACAAGGGGUCUGCUCGCCAAGACAAGCUUGUUGCGAAAGACGGUGCGAGCGAUGCCGACUCAUUCUUCGUCUCGUCAAGCAUCGUCGCCCAGCGUUGCGCCGAACAACGGCAACAACACCGCGUCGACUUCGGGGGGAGCCGUCACGGCACAGCGCGCGAUCGCAGCUUCUACGGGCAGCCUCUCGGUAUCCGAAAUGUCCGACUCGCAACGACAGGCUGCUCUUGAGGCCUUUGAAGCCGAAGCCGAGGGCGCCAACUUUGAUACUACUCUCGAGGCAUUGCGAGCAUUCGAUGUUGCCGAGAUGUACGAAGAGGUGAAGGGCAAGCUGGACUCACUCAACGUCUUGGUGCGCAAGUGGCAGAAGGCGUGGAAGUCGGCCAACGAAAAGGUCACCAAAGCCAACGCCGCCGCUCGGGAGAAGAUUGCUGUGCGCAACUUCAAGCCCGAUGACCUGGCUUUGUUCUUGCCAACGCGAAACUCGAACCUUGCCUCGAAACCUUGGGCUGCGUUCAACAUCAGCUUCCCUCAUUUCUUCCUCAAUGCUCAGGGACCCCUUGCUGAGCAGCUGCGCACGAAGGAGUGGAUCGUAGCUCGAAUCACAAAGAUCACAGAUAGGGUCGUACCUGUGGCUGAUGGUGCAAAGAAGGACGACAAGAGCGCUGCAGACUCGGACGAUCCGAACCCGUUCAAGCUGCCUGAAGACGUGCGAUAUUUCCUCCUGGAUGUGGAGACGUACACUGGCCACAGCUCGGCGCCGCCUUCGUUGCGCAGCAGGAAGAGCUCUUCGGCUGCGAUCGGUGCAAGCACCAGCAAUGUUGACAACAACCAUGCCGAUGGCAAGAGUGCGAACGGACACCAUGUGGAUCGUAAGGAGGCCCAGAGCCAUCCGAGGAGUCAGAGUGUGAGUGCCUUGACUGGGGUCAAAGGCUUGUCAAAAGGUGAUCAGACCGGAUCCGUUGCUGAAGUCGCACGCCUCACUGAGGAGCCAGGCGAGCUGAAACAACAAGCUAUGCAUGAAGCAAGGGGUGCUGGCGAUGCACAGACGGGACCAGACGACGAUCUGGCAGCUCAGGCAUCCGGCUUCUCUCUUCAAUCCGUUGAACAGUCAACUCCACCCAUGCAGACGCCUGAGUCCUCGCCACAUGUUGGAUCCGCCGCGGUCUUCUCGGGACCUACCUCCACCGAAAAGAGCAAGUCCGCUGGUCAAAGCGAAGACAAAGCUCAGCAAGCCACCUCGACUACAGAGCCGCGAUCUGCUACAACAACGACUUCCGCACUGACACGCGCAUUGCGUAGUGCUUCACCCGCCUCGUCACUUCGAGCUGAGAGCGCUCUGAGCAGCAGUGGAGCAGGUAGAUGGAGGGCUGGCUCGUCGGCUUCGGCCAAUGCGACGCAGUGGCCUCCACGCAGCAUCACGGGCAUUACAGAGGAAGCCGAUGCACGCAGACGUGACGGUGCUGUUGGAAAUGACGGGGACGCUGCCUCAAGUACGACUGGCUCCACGAGUCAUCGCUCGACGCUGAUCGAGCAUGCUACGAUGGUACCCGCUUUCGGUCGCACUCCCAACAAGCGCCGUGGAGAUAUGGCGGGACGAGUGCAGAAUGCCUCUCCGUCCGGACGUGCCGCGAGGCGUCAAGGAGGAGGCGAGAGUUCGGAUGACAGAUCGUUUGACGGACGAGGUGUCACCUCUGCACCAGCGUCGCAGAGCCGAUCGGACGGUAUCGCCAUUCGCAUUGCACGACCUGCGUUGCAGUCUGACUUGGUCGAUACAGCCGUCUCGAAUCCCUUCUCACAGUCUCCUGGCCCUGCAUCGCUGCCAGCUGAUCGUGAUGGUAUGGGUACACUUGGGCGCGCUCAGGCACGACGCAAGUCGAGCCUUUACAUCAGCUCGUCUGCGAGUGGAGCCGAACAAGGGGAACAGCGCCGUGACGAGCCUACGCCAAAGGUGCAACGUUGGCCUAGCGAUGCCGCUUCGAAGGCAUCACAGCGCACGGCGUCGUUGGCUUCAACUGCGUCCGCAUCGAACCAGGGCGGUAGUAUCCGGAUCAAUGGGCGCAGCAUCGUCUUUGACACGCUCGGUACGUCGGGUCAGCACCGCAGACAAGCCUCGUCGUCGUCGUCUGCGGCCACUACGGUGGUAACCACUGCACAUGCCAUCCCCGGUGCUUUCCCGUCGUCCUUUUCUUCAUCUGGCUCGCUCGCCGGACCAUCUUCGCCUCAUGUAGGUGCCGAUCAGUCUGACGAGGCUGCUCCUUCGACUGCGAACAGGUCAGCGUUCCGCUCCCCGAGCUUUGGCACAACGACUUCAUCUCGUCCGGCACUCAAUUCGACACAGAAGCCGUCAUUCCUGAGCCAGACACUGGGCAGAUUCACUGGUGCCGCAGCACAUGCUGUUCAGGGACCACCGUUCGGGCCAACGCCAGGUGGUGAGAGUGCACGAGAGGCAAUCACGAUAGGCAAGCAGACGUAUGGACGCAAUUCUCAGUCUCGACCUUCGCUAUUCCAGGCUAUUGUGCCGCUGCAGGAUGGACAAGGUGAGCAGAGGGAGGGGGGGAAUAAGGGAACGCCAGAAUCUGCAGGAGGCGUUUCGGGGUUCUCGAAUGUUUCUGGGUCGAGUGCUGAGGGGAUGUUGAAGCGCUUGACUGGUGGGUCGCUGCAGCGCUAG